GGCGGCCAAAAUCCCUCGCGAAUACAAAAAUGGAAAUGGGCGAGAAGAGGCGAAGGGCGAUGAAUGAACGCCGGGUUCUGCCACGGUGACCUUAGCUCCCACGCUUCGAGGCUCGGACCCAGGCCGUCCACUGCUUUGUCGCCGCCGAUGUAGCCGGCGCGACCGCCUGGCGAGGGAUAUCUGUUGUACAUGCAGGAGAGGAGGUGGCCAUGGGCAGGAGGAAAGGCUCAGCCGGAUCUACCCGCAGCUACACGACCGUGCGGAAUGAAGCGCUAAAGUCGGGCCAGCCCUUUGUUGACACGGCGUUCCCUGCAGAUGCUACAUCCCUGUACGUCAAGGGCCAGGGUCCCCAAUUGGAGUGGAGACGACCCCCGGAGCUGUCCUCGCACGCACAGCUGUUUGCGGACAGCAAUGUCCGCAGCAACAUCUGCCACGACCGGCCAGCCAACGCCUGGUUCGUUACGGUCUGCACAGCCCUGGCCCACGAUCAUGAGCUUCUUGGCAAGGUGUUCCCAGAUGCCAAGCAGCAGGAGUGGCGUGCAGGGCAAAUGCACCCCGGCGUGUUUCGCUUCAGCUUCUGGCAGCUGGGUGACUGGAUCGAGGUGCUCGUGGAUGACCGGCUGCCUGUCAUAGGGGGCACUCUCUACGGCUGCCGGUCGCAGGUCUCCUCCGAGUUCUGGGCUCCCCUCCUGGAGAAGGCCUACGCCAAGUUCCUGGGCUGCUACGAACUUCUGGAAGCAUGCAGCCUGUCGGAUGCGCUAGUGGACAUGACGGGGGCCGCAGCCGAGCACCUGGAGCUGGCUGUGGGGGGUUACGCACGCGACCCCGCGCUACAGGAGCAGCUCUUCGCCAAGAUGCAGGCUGUGUUGGACAAUUCCUGCCAGGCGGUCGUCUGCUGUGCUAUCUCAGUAGAGCAUGCAGACGAGAUGGGCAGCACAACAACCAACGGUCUGCUGAAGGGCCACUCCUACCAGGUGGUGUCUGCCCGAGAGGUGUCGCCCGCGGACGUCCCCUCUUGGCAGGAGCUGUUUCGUGCCCGACUGCAUCUGCGCCUUCUCCGGCUGCGCAACCCAUGGCGUUAUGUGGCAUCAGCCUGGACGGGUGUCUUGGGUCAGGGGUCAGCCGAGUGGUCCCUUCUCUCGGAACCCGAACAAGCCAAGCUCGCCAUCGACCCAUCUGAUGAGCACGAAUUCUGGAUUCCCCUGGAGGACUUUGUUGGUGCAUUCACGGACACCUGUGUGUGCCACCUGCCAGGCCGUGGUGGGUGGCGGGAGGAGAACUUUCCGGGCGAGUGGACCGUGGGGGAGCGCGGAAGUGCCACGGACCGUGCCGGGGGCUGCAUCAACCACCGGUCCAGCUUCCUUCGGAACCCACAGUACCGCCUGGAUGUCGUGGAAGGUGGGACGGUGGUUGUGCUGGCCUACCUGGUGCAGGACAGCGCGAGUGCUGAGGGACCCACGGGGCACUUCGCCAUCGGCAUUCACGUCAUGCAGAUGGAGGUGAACCGGCAGUUCCGGGUGCACGUAAUCAAGCCAAAGGUGUGCAGCUCGGAGUAUGUGCGCGCACGCGGUGUGUUCCUCGAGUGUAGCCUGCAGCGUGGCCGCUACUGUCUUCUGCCAACCACUUUCGAGCCGGGGCAAGCGCGGCGGUUCCUGCUGCGGCUGUUCUACCGCCAGCCACUUGACGCCAGGGAGCUGCAGAAGGACGUGCCAAGUGCCAAGCUUCUUCCGUGCCAAAGCAUGCCAGCCUUGGCCACCAUCAUUCGCAUUAUUGGAGCGAAACACCUCGAGCAGCAAGACCCUUUUGGAUUGGCAGACCCAUACUGUGUGAUGCUGUGCGAGGGCCAGUCUGUGCGCUCGACCGUCUGUCAGGGUACACGGGACCCAACGUGGAACAUCAGCGCCCUCUUCUACCGCAAGGAUGCCUCCACACCAAUUAAGAUCCAGGUGUGGAACAGCCACCUAAUGAUGGACACAUACAUGGCCAAGGCGUACAUCGAUGCCCCACUGGGCGCCGAGCAUCAGAGGCUAGAAGUUCCACUCGUGGGGCACAGGAACAGGCCGGGGAGUGGGAAGGAAGGCAGCCUGGGCACUUGCUUGUCGAAGUCACCACCACCUGACGACUUGCUCGCGAUCUGAGCCGGCGACUCAUAGUGAAGCGCACACUGUGUGUGCGUCCCUCUCUGCCCCUAGAAUUGGAGCACCUCCACGGAGGGGCUUAUGACCAAAGGUUCCACACGUGCCAUUGAGUGGCACUACUAGUGCAUUGCUGUGCUGUAAUGAAAACAUGUGAUUAAAGUGUUCAUUGCUGUAAUGUGAAA